GGCCCCACGACCGCCUCACUGACGUCAAAACAUUUCGCGACAGCGGCUCCGGUUGCUGCGGAGCGGCUCCCGGUGUCCCGCCGAUCCAGGUGUCCCGCCCAUCCCGGUGCCACGCCUAUCCCGGACCGACCGGCGAUUUUCCUGGACGUCCAGCAAAUUUCACUUUACAAGUCAUGGAGGGAGAACAGAUUAUGGAGGGACAGCCACAGGUUCCGGAAAAUCCUCAUUCUGAAUAUGGUCUCACUGAAAAUGUAGAGAGGAUAGUAGAAAAUGAGAAACUAAAUGCUGAGAAAACAUCAAAGCAGAAGGUGGAUCUUCAGUCAUUACCCACACGUGCCUACUUGGAUCAGACAGUUGUACCUAUCUUGCUACAGGGACUUGCUGUUCUUGCAAAAGAGAGACCGCCAAACCCCAUUGAAUUUUUAGCAGCAUAUCUUUUAAAAAACAAGUCACAAUUUGAGGACCGAAAUUAACUCCAUAAAAAUGAGGACAGUUUGGCUGCUAGACUGAAAUGCUCAUUUGCCRCAAUUUGUUUUCUGCUGUAAAAAUCCUUUGGCCACGUUGUUAUUUUUCUUAACCACACAAUUUGCUUUAUCUUUUGAGGUUAUUUAAUAAAGAACACUUUACAUUUAAUUGUUCUCUUGUUUUAAAGUAGCUAUUAAGAGACUUUUGAAAUAAAGUACUGAAACUGCA